AUGGCUCUGCCCUCCCCCACCCCACCCUACCCCCGCGCGCCCCCCCACCCUCAGCCCCCCCGCCACGCUAGGCCACGCCCCCGCCAUGUCUUCCUCCGCCCUGCCCCGCCCUUUCACUUCAGUCCCCGCCCCUCCCAUGGCUCCGCCCUUCACCGCAGCAUUCCCUCAGGGAGUUCGCGGGCGGUGGCCGCGCACGCGCAAAGAGGCGUCCAGUUGCCGUGGCAGCGCCGCCCUGAGGGGAGGAGGGCAGCCGAGGAGGAGUUGGGACCGCUGCGGCUGAGGUGGCUACGCGCGACCGAGACCCCGUGUCCUGCGAGCCGCCGGGCAGGAAGUGUAAGCGGUGGGGCGCUGCCCGGCCAGGGGAUGCGGGACCGGCUGCCGGACCUGACGGCGGUAGAAGGUGUCCCGCACAUCGUGUCUGUGCCUCGUAGUGGUCAUUCGCACACUGUUUCAGACUACCGUCCAUGCCGGAAAAAUGAUGAUGGAGACACAACUGUUGUUGUUGAGAAGGACCAUUUUAUGGAUGACUUCUUCCAUCAGGUUGAGGAGAUCAGAAGCAGCAUAGCUAAAAUCGCUCAGUUUGUGGAAGAGGUCAAAAAGAACCAUAGCAUCAUCCUCUCUGCACCAAACCCAGAAGGAAAAAUUAAAGAAGAGCUUGAGGAUCUAAAUAAAGAAAUCAAGAAAACUGCUAAUAAAAUCCGAGCCAAGUUACAGUCUAUUGAACAGAGUUUCGAUCAGGAUGACAGUGGCCACCGGACGUCCGUGGACCUUCGGAUACGGCGGACCCAGCACUCAGUGCUGUCUCGGAAGUUUGUGGAAGUCAUGACAGAAUUUAACGAGGCACAGACUCUGUUUCGGGAGCGGAGCAAAGGGCGCAUCCAGCGUCAGCUGGAAAUAACUGGAAAGACCACCACUGACGAUGAGCUGGAAGAGAUGCUGGAAAGUGGGAACCCUUCCAUUUUCACCUCAGAUAUUAUUUCCGAUUCACAAAUCACACGGCAAGCACUUAAUGAAAUUGAGUCCCGUCACAAAGAUAUCAUGAAGUUGGAGACCAGUAUCCGGGAGCUGCAUGAAAUGUUCAUGGACAUGGCUAUGUUUGUUGAGACUCAGGGUGAAAUGAUCAACAACAUAGAAAAAAACGUCAUGAAUGCUGCAGACUAUGUAGAACAUGCUAAAGAAGAAACUAAAAAAGCCAUUAAAUAUCAGAGCAAAGCAAGAAGGAAAAAGUGGAUAAUUGUUGCUGUAUCAGUGGUUCUGGUGGCCAUAAUUGCUCUAAUUAUUGGUUUGUCAGUUGGCAAGUGA